AAACAAUCCAAAAUCUAAACCACGAUGCUUCAAUCUCUGACUCUCAUUCCCAAAAUGGCGAAGAACCCACCUCUCAAAGCUCUUUCCCUGUUCAACUCUUCAAUCCUCCAAGGUCUUCAACACACCCCUGAAUCCAUAUCCUUCACUCUACACAUUCUUCUUUCUUCCAACUUGCGCUUUCAUUCUCAGUCCCUUCUCCUCCAAAUUAUCUCUGGUAGAAUCUCCUCCCCUUUCUUCACUCCGUCGUCUCUAUUCCACUAUUUAACUCAACACUGUUUUAGUCCCAACUCGAUGAAUCAAAUCCGUCUGUACGAAUCCAUUAUCAACGCCCAUGUUCAAUCCCAGUUACCUGAUCAAGCCAUUUAUUAUUUCAAUCAAAUGGUAGACAAAAACUUUAUGGUUGGACCCAAUACUUUCAAUGGCAUAAUGGAUUUCCUUAUAAAAUUUUAUUGUUUUGAGAAAGCUUGGACCCUAUUUCAAGAAUCCAAGGGUAGGGUUAAGUUGGAUGUUUAUAGUUUUGGGAUACUGAUCAAAGGGUGUUGCGAGGCAGGGGAUUUAGGCAAAAGUUUUGAGCUUUUAGAUCAGAUUGAAGAGUUGGGUUUGGCUCCAAAUGUUGUUAUAUAUACUACUUUGAUUGAUGGGUGCUGUAAAAAUGGUGACUUGGAGGAGGCAAAGCUGUUGUUUGCCAAAAUGGAGGAGAUUGGUUUGGUUCCUAAUGAGUAUACAUACACGGUUUUAAUCAAUGGGUUGUUUAAAAGGGGACUUGAAAAUGAUGGGUUAGAGCUAUAUGAGAAGAUGCAGCGUAAAGGGGUAAUUCCUAGUUUAUAUACUUACAAUUCAGUGAUGAAAGAGUAUUGCAGUGAGGGAAAAGUAGAUAAAGCUUUCGAGAUGUUCGAUGAAAUGCGUGAAAGAGGAGUAGCAUGUAAUGUUGUUACGUACAAUAUAUUGAUUGGUGGGUUGUGUAGAGAGAAAAGGUUAAGGGAGGCUGAAAAAUUAGUGGAUCAAAUGAAGAGGACUGGUUUAAGUCCGAAUUUGAUUACAUAUAAUUCGCUCAUAGAUGGUUUUUGUAAUGUUGGAAAGUUGGAGAAGGCUAGGUAUUUAUUUGGUCAAUUGAAAACCAAGGGUCAAUCUCCAUCUUUGGUGACUUAUAACAUUCUUAUUUCGGCAUCCUCUAGAGCGAAAGACUCGACAGCAAUUGCUAAAUUGGUGAAGGAAAUGGAGGAGAGAGGGAUAAGACCUUCUAAAGUAACGUAUACAAUUGUAAUUGAUGCAUUCUUUAGAUCAGAAAACACAGAGAAAGCAUUUGAAUUAUAUUCGUUCAUGCAGAAGGCCAGUUUGGUUCCGGAUGUUUACACGUACGGUGUCUUGAUCCACGGGUUGUGCAUAAAGGGAAACAUGAAGGAUGCAUGGAAACUAUUUACAUCAAUGGAUGAAAUGCAGUUGAAGCCUAAUGAUGUGAUAUACAACACGAUGAUUCACGGGUAUUGCAAACAAGGUAGCUCCUAUAGAGCCCUGAGGCUGCUUCAAGAAAUGAGAGAGAAAAGGCUCGUUCCUAAUGUAGCUAGCUACAACUCUACUAUUGGAGUUCUUUGCAAGGAUGGGAAAUGGCAAGAGGCUGAGGCCUUAGUGACUGAGAUGGUUGAAUCACGUUUUAAACCUACAGUCUCCAUAUAUAAUCUAAUCUCUGAAACCAAAAACAAUACAUAGUUGAAGGUUUCUAGCACACAAUUAAGUAAAAUGUGGAUGCCUGAUGGCUUAAAUUGAUAAAACUGAGCUUUCAUUGUGUGAAGGAAGAUAAGAGAAACUCCUGGAUGUGAUAUAUUUUGAAGGAAAAGGAAAUGCAGGAUGCUGUGAAUAAAGUGAGACCAAAAAUUAUAGCUCAAUGGCUACCAGUUCUGAAGGAGGAGACAUGAGAUAUACAAGCAGUUCAUUCAGGGGUAUUUGCUCCAUUUCUUUGUAAGCUUCAACCACUUUCUCUAUUAACUGUUCAUUAACUCCAUUGUUGUUGAAAAGAUCCUCUAGAUUGAUUGGUUGAUGAUAUGAUUAUAGCCCUUUACUUCCCAUAUUGCAAAUUCAAGGCCAACAGCUAAUUUAGAGUCCGGCUGAAUGGUGCAAAUGAAAGUGAUAUAGAACCUCUAGAUUGAACUUCUGAAUUAUAAUUUGCCACUAUACAUCUCUAAGCAAGUAGUUGAAGAUUUGUGUUGGGAAAUGAAGAAGACAGUGACGAAGAAAGGGUUUGAAGAUUUUGUUUUUAAAUUCCUGAUUUUUUUAUAUUUUUUAAUUUCAGGUCUUUAAUUUAUGCAAUUUUAUGUUACUUUGGGAUAAAGAAAAGUUUAUUUAUUUUUUAAAAAUAUUUUUGAUCCAACAAUUUUUAUGGAAGUCUCCCUAUUCUGAUCAUUUAGCUCUUUUAUCUGACACAAUGCCAACGGCAGCCCAUGAUUGGGCCACGCAUCAGUAUUUAACACCAUUAGGGCCAGAUACCAAAUUGAUAGACGGAAUAAAAGUUCAGGUAGCACAUUGGAUAAAUUGAAAAUGCAGGUGCACCUCGACAAUUUUGUCAAAGUAAUGGGGACUUUUUGGUCUUUACACAAACAAAAAAAUGAAUAAAAUGGCAUUUUAGUAAUUACGGGGAAAAGUGCUCUCCAGUCCACUCUACGCACAGAUUCGCACACAUGGGCGACAACGCACAGUUUAAUUUCAUCCCCUCUUAAAUUACUGUUAGCUUUUUCAGCUUUGAGGUUUCUUAUUUCUAUUAAAUCAGCUAGUUCGCACGUUUCUUCUCCUCCACUGUGAUUUUAUUCUCCUGUCUAUACCAAGGCCCCUCAACAGUCAAACUCCUAAGUAGUUAAUGAAGGUGGUUUUCAGCUCAUCUACUUCACCCACUACUUUAUUUUUUCAUUUAUAGAUAAUCAGUCCUUCCCUUUUCCUCUUUUUGAUUCCCAUCUGUUUCUGCCUAACCGAACUGCUAAAGAUUCCCCUUUUCGUUAUCGUGCGCUCUAUUUAUAUCCCCUUAGGUCUCUUUCUUUGGUAUUCACCUAAGUUUCAAGUUUCUCCUCUUACGUAAUCCAUGGAAGCCUGCUUCUUCGAUACUCUCAAGGCUCAAUCUUUCUGGGUUAUUUUCCUUUUCACUUUGGGUUCUUUAUCACUCUUGAAGUUCUCAUUUGUUUUUCUAAAAUGGGUCUGGAUCAAUUUUCUUAGACCUGGUAAGAAUCUAAAAAAAUAUGGCUCCUGGGGUCUUGUUACUGGACCAACUGAUGGUAUCGGCAAAGGAUUUGCCUUUCAGCUGGCUAGGAAAGGGCUUAAUCUUGUCUUGGUGGGCCGUAAUCCUGAUAAACUCAAAGACGUUUCCGAUUCAAUCUUGGCCAAGUAUGCCAAGAUUCAGAUCAAGACAGUUGUUGUGGACUUCACUGGCGAUCUUGAUGAAGGCGUGAAGAAGAUAAAAGAAACUAUUGAAGGACUGGAUGUGGGGGUUUUGAUUAACAAUGUUGGGAUUUCAUAUCCUUAUGCCAGGUUCUUCCACGAGGUUGAUGAGGAGCUGUUGAUGAAUUUGAUUAAGGUUAAUGUUGAAGGUACCACAAAGGUAACUCAAGCUGUUUUGCCUGGGAUGGUGAAGAGAAAGAGAGGCGCAAUUGUGAACAUUGGGUCUGGUGCUGCCAUUGUCAUCCCUUCUGAUCCACUCUAUGCUGUUUAUGCUGCUACUAAGGCGUAUAUUGAUCAAUUCUCUAGGUGCCUUUAUGUUGAAUACAAGAACAGUGGGAUUGAUGUUCAAUGUCAGGUUCCAUUAUAUGUGGCAACAAAAAUGGCAUCAAUCAAAAGAUCGUCUUUCUUUGUUCCAUCAACAGACGGAUAUGCUCGUGCAGCAAUGCGGUGGAUAGGCUAUGAACCUCGUUGCACGCCCUACUGGCCCCAUUCCAUCCUCUGGGGCUUGGCUUAUUCACUGCCAGAGAGUGUGGUUGAUGCAUGGCGUUUGCGCUUUUCUCUUGGCAUUCGAAAGAGGGGGCAACUCAAAGAUUCUAGGAAGAAGGAAUGAAAACAGAUUGUUGAGUCUGCUGUAUUUUGUGUUCAUGGAGUUGAGUGUUUUGGUUGGAUGAAUGAGCUCCAGAACCGUCCAACCCCCCAAAUAUUGUAAUCGCUUCAUAAAUUUGUUUUCAAGCAUUGCAAUUGCAUUGUGACACUUCCAUUAUGUAGGGAAGGAUAAGGAUGAAAGCAAACAAAUGUAUGAAUCGUCUGCCUGCAUGAUUUGCUUUUACGAGUUUAAAGUAUACAAAAAUUUGUAAUGCAAUACUAAUAUUUCUAGCUAAGCAAAAAUGUUCAAAUGAUUAAA